UCAUUAUCUGAAUCAUUAUCAUCAGAAACAGAACAGUAAAGCAAAACAGAAAAAAAUCAUUCGAUCCCCUCUCUCAUCUCAUCUCAUGGCUGCUAGCUACAAAGUCGACGAAGAGUACGAUUACCUCUUCAAGCUCGUCUUGAUCGGAGACUCCGGCGUCGGCAAAUCGAAUCUACUAUCGAGAUUCACGAAGAACGAGUUCAACCUCGAAUCAAAGUCUACUAUUGGCGUCGAGUUCGCUACCAAGACGCUCAGAGUCGAUAGCAAAGUCGUCAAAGCUCAGAUUUGGGAUACUGCUGGCCAAGAAAGAUACCGAGCAAUCACAAGUGCUUACUACAGAGGAGCUGUAGGUGCUUUACUUGUCUACGACGUGACAAGGCACUCGACGUUUGAGAACGCAGCGAGAUGGCUAAGGGAGCUACGAGGACACACGGAUCCAAACAUAGUGGUGAUGCUUAUAGGGAACAAGUGCGAUUUGCGUCACUUGGUAGCAAUAAAAACAGAGGAAGCUAAAGACUUUGCUGAGAGAGAGUCUCUCUAUUUCAUGGAGACAUCUGCGUUAGAUGCAACCAACGUUGAAAACGCCUUCUCUGAAGUGUUGACUCAGAUUCAUAAGAUAGUGAGCAAAAGAAGCGUGGAUGGAUCGAACAAAGAAGAAGGAGGGUCUUCGUCUGGUUUACCAAAGAAAGGAGAGACUAUUAACGUCAAGGAAGAUGGAUCUGUUUUUAAGAGAAUGGGUUGCUGCUCUAACUAGAGUGUGAUUAUAGAUUUGGUUUGGUCGGAUUAAGGUGGCUCGUGCAAUAAAAUAAAAAUCAACUGUUUAUGCUUUGGUAACUUUCGCCUGUAAGGGCUUUUAAAAUUGAAUGUACAUGAUCAUUAUCUUGUCUUCCCACCACUUAUGAACUUGUAAUAAACUAGACGAGUGCAAAUCUUCACCCAAGUAACCUUUCAAUUUCAA